UUUUACUUUUCCUUUACUUUUCCUAACUUUCAAACAUUGCUGCUGCAGCCUUUCUUUUCCUUUGCUUUUCCUUUUUGACUUUCUUUCACCUCACUCAUCAAAUUUUCUUUUUUAUUUUUCCUUUGAAAGCUCAAAAAUGUUAUAGAGUGCCUUUGGUGGAGUCUAUGCGCAAGCAGAAACAAAGCUGUGAAUCAGUACUGAAACUUGCCAAGUUCUUGAUAACAAAGGAUACUUCUUGGGAAUAUUCAGAAUCUGCAUUAAGUCAGGCUGACGUUCGAUCCCACAAAUAUAGACUAAUGUCAGCUUUUUCAGAAAGCCAAGAAAAAGAGGAAAAAGAUCGUUUUGCACAAGCUAUUACAAGAAUUGCUGAGUCACCCUUAAUCUUGGCAACCAAAUCAGGUUGCACAGAUAUUGUAGAGGAGAUAUUGAAAACAUAUCCCCAAGCUGUGGAGUAUGUUGAUAUUGAAGGUCGUAACAUUUUGCACGUCGCCAUGCCAGAUGCAAAUUUUUGACAUAGUUGAGAAAAUGGGAAUGCCAAUGAGGAGACUCAAGAGAAAAAUCACUCAUAAGGGAGAUACCAUAUUGCACAUGGCUGGUGUAAAAGAGGACACUGAAAUUGCAGAUAUGAGAAGCCCUGCUCUGCAAUUGCAAAACAAUUUACUCUUGUUUGAGCGUGUGAAAAACGUCAGCUCAGCUGAUUUUUUAGAAAUUAUGAAUAAAGAAGGCAAGACGGCAGAUGAGUUAUUCACUAAAGCAAAUGCUAAACUUCAUUCAGAAGCGAAAGACUGGCUUAAACGCACUGCUGAGAACAGUACAAUAGUUGCUGUGCUUAUUGCAACAGUGGCUUUUGCUGCAGCCUAUACUAUUCCAGGUGGUCCAAAUCAAAGCACUGGUUAUCCUAUCCUCUUGGACAAGCCCUUCUUUGCAGUUUUCACUAUCGGAGAUGUGCUUUCCAUUACCUUUGCUUUGACCUCAAUGAUCACUUUUCUCUCGAUUCUUACCUCUUCAUUUCAAUUGCAUGAAUUCAGGCGGUCACUUCCUCAGAAAUUAAUUCUGGGAUUUACUUUCUUGAUUAUUUCUGUGUCCAUGAUGAUGCUAGCAUUUGCAUCGACUAUAAUCUUGAUGAUUCACAAUGAGGAAAAGUGGACAAAAAUUGUUUUAUCUUCCAUGGCAUUCCUACCUGUGACCAUUUUUGCAGUUGUAUAUUUUCCUCUCUAUGUGUCAUUAUGGAAAAACUUCAAAUACUCGUUAAGAAGAUUAACCAUGGCCUUUCCAAGGUGCAAUAUUAUAUCAGGAAGGACUCUCGAUCAAAAAUUACCCCUUUGACAACCUCUUCCGCUCUCUAUGAGACUCGGUCUACUAGACUUGACGUAUGCACAUCCUAUUAUUAGUAACAAAAUACUACUUGUUCAGUUUGUGUAUUCUAGUUGUAGCGGCAUGUGCCCAUUGAAUGUAUGUUUCUCCAGUCCUCUAUUAUUGAAGCAUAUGUAAGAUAUUAUAAAGUUUAUUAUCUAUGUCAUAUUCAUUUUGAUUUGUCUUUGGCACUACAACAAAAGAGACAUUUGCUGAUAAUAAAUUUUUCUGUAAGCGAUAA